CCUGGGGCCCGGGGGGGCGCGGUUUACGGGGCGCGGGGACCUGGAGCCCGAGGGGCGCGGUUUAGGGGGUGCAGGGACUUGGAACGUGGGGGGGGCGCGGGAACCUGGAGCCCGGGGCCGGGAGCUGCGGACGCUGGGGCCAGGGCGAUCCCUGAGGCCGCGCCGCCGAGGGACUCAGUCCCGGCCCCGCCGCCCUGGCCGGCCUGGGUUCCGAGGGCGACCCGGACUCCACGGAGGCCGCGGGCGCACGGGGUUCCUCACCUGGGUCCGCGGAGGCUUGGGGGUCCGGGCGGGGCCCGGGAGUUUCCUUGGCCGAGUGACUCAGUCGGGCGGGCCGGGAAUGCGCCAGGAAACGCUCGGCCUCCUCCCCUUCCUCCCGGGGCGGGGGCUCUCCCGGCUCGGCCUCUUCCUCCCGGCGCUCCUCCCUCCCGGCCGCGGCCCCUGCCGCUCCCUCCUCCCGCGGGGCUUCCCCCCGGCAGGCCCUUCCCCGCCGCCGAGUGGAGAGCCGGAGACCCGCCGGCCUGGGCCACCUCAGCCGGCGCGGGACGGCGGGGUCGGGGCGGAGCGGGCGCGGGGUGGCCCUGUGGGCCCGUCCGCUCGGAGGGCGGAGGAAUGGGGUCCGCACCGUGUCCCGGGUCGAGGCGUGGGGUCAGGGCGGGGAGUGGGGUCGCCCUGGGCUGCGUGGCGGGCUCGGGGACUCCGAGGGUCCCAUCUGGCGGCGCCGCCGCGCGGGCAGGAGGCGCGCACCUGCGCUGGGCGGGCGGGUCCGAGCCCGCUGGGGAACCCUCCGCCCUCGCCCGGUCGCCUGAGGGAGCCGGGGCAGACGCGGGCGCACCUGGGGAACGGCGCACGGAGGAAAACCUGGCGUGACACCGUCCCAGAAAACAAUCGUGAAAGUGAAGUCCAGACCUCCCACGGAAACGCUGAGCCGGGUGAGCCGCUCUCAGGCGUGCUCGGGAAAACCGCGCUGAACGCCCCGCCCGCGACCCGGUUCUCCCGGAGCUCAGCAAGGGUGGGCGUCGGAUACUCCAGUCCCGCCUCUAGAUGGUGAAGGUUCGCUACCCGCGCCCCAUGCUCUGUGUGAGGAAGAAGUUAGCUCUGAAUGGAUCCUGACCAGCGGCCCGAGACGACCUACCAGGCCCCUCCUAUUCAGAGAUCACUUCCUCACAUUUUUAAGAACAUCUGGUUCCCAGUCCCCACAUUUCAGAUCAGCAGAUUCCUGCUUUGCUGUGCCUAGGACGGACUCUCAAAAUUAGAUUCCAAAGAUUUUUACAUUGUAGAUGACAUGAUGGAACCCAAAUUCAAGUUAUGCUGUGCUACUUGAAAACAUUGUGGCCGGGCGCGGUGCCUGGCGCCUGUAAUCGCAGCACUUUUGGAAACAGAGGCAGGCGGAUCACCUGAGGUCAGGAGUUUGAGACCAGCCUGGACAAACAUGGUGAAACCUCGUUUCUACUGAAAAUGCAAAAAUUAGCCGGGCGUGGUGGUCUGCCCUGUAAUCCCAGUUACUUGGGAGGCUGACUGACACAGGAGAAUCUCUUGAACCCAGGCGGCGGAAGGUUGCAGUGAGCGAAGAUCUCACCACUGCACUCUCCAACCUGGCAACAGAGAGAGAUUACACCCAAACAAACAAACAAAAAAACCGCGUUUUGUGUGUUUUUUUAAUGAUGCCAGAAUAACUGCAUAAUCAUGUGGAAAAACAACUUUGACCUCCUCCCCAACAACAUGUACUAAAAGUAACUGGCUGUGUGUAUGGAUCACAGACCUAAAUUUGAAAGCUAAAGAUACAAAGCUUCUAGAAGAAAACAUAAGCGAAUAAUUUUAUAACCAUGGAGUAGAGAGUCUUGCUCUGUCGCCCAGGCUGGAGUGCAGCAGUAGCAUGAUCUGAGUUCACUGCAGCCUCUGCCUCUCGGGUUCAAGCGAUUCUCCUGCCUCAGGACCACAUGUGUCUCCUACCUGGGACCACAGGCAUAGCAACAUUCUUCCUAACAGCUAAAGUGUGGAAGUAACCAAGUGUCCACUGGCAGAUGAAGGAUAAACAAAAGGUAGUACAUCUGUACAAUGGAGUAUUACUCAGAUUUAAAAGUGGAGAAACUCACAUGCUGCCACGUGGACGGACCUUGACACUGCUGUACUAAAUGAGAUGGGCCUGGCAUAAAAGCAGCAGCGCCGUGUGACUGUACUCAGAUGAGGUGCCAAGGAGUCAUAUUUGUGGGACAGGAAGUGGGAUGGUGACUGCCAGGGUCUGGGGACGAGGGAAUGGGAGUUGUUGAAUGGGUACAGGGUUUCAGGUCUACAAGAUGAGUUCUGGAUAUGGAUGGUGGUGAUGGUUGCACAGCAAUGUGAAUAGACAACACUACUAUGCACUGAAAAUGGCUAAGAUGGUAAAUUUUAUGCGUAUUUUACCACACAAAUAAAAAUCAAAACAUUAAAUAAUGAAAAAAAGUUUUGGCUGGGUGCGGUGGCUCAAGCCUGUAAACCCAGCACUUUGGGAGGCUUAGGCAGGUGGAUCACGAGGUCAAGAGAUCGAGACCAUCCUGGUCAAUAUAGUGAAACCCCAUCUCUACUAAAAAUACAAAAAAUGAGCUGGGCAUGGUGGCAUGUGCCUGUAUCCCAGCUACU